UAAGCGAUAAGAGCCGACUAUAAGAUGCCUGUGAGACCCGAAAACCAGCUUCAUUCUCAGGCAAACGUUUGCUAACGAUAGACAGUUUUUGUGGUUUUAAAAUCGAAAACGAAAAGAAAAAAGAUAAAUAAAUAAAAAUUGUGUACUAAAACAAUAAUAAAAAGAAGGAACUUGAAUGGUGUGCCGAACAAAAUUUGGAACAAAUUUCUAGAACAACUGUGGUUUUCACAUAAGUAAUUUCCAAAACCAGCUGUGAUAACAAAUUGUGGUUACAAACUGAGUAUUUCUACUUCGAUUGCUAAAGAAAAAACGAUAUAAAACUCCAUUUGCAUUACAAAAGUGAGUCUAAAAAUUCUGCCACUCUUGUGUUGUACACAACAUACCGGAUUUAGUGCGCCACCGUUGUUGUGAAAGUUUGAAAAAAGUGAAAAACAUGGAAGUACCGCCACCUGAGGAGUUGAUGCAUCCGCUUUAUGUGCCCAAUAAAACACUAAUGGGACCCGGUCCGUCUAAUGGCUCACAGCGUGUUCUCGAUUCGUUGAGUAAUCCCAUUUUGGGUCAUAUGCACAAAGAAUGCUUUCAGAUCAUGGACGAGAUCAAGGCUGGCGUUAAACAUCUUUUCCAAACAGAGAACGUGGCGACAAUGUGUGUCAGCGGCUCAGGACAUGCUGGUAUGGAGACGGCUUUUGUUAAUCUCGUUGAAGAUGGUGACGUUGUACUAUUAGCCUGUACCGGAUUGUGGGGUCAUCGGGCUGCCGAAAUGGUUAAACGUGUGAAUGGUGAUGUACGUUAUGUGGAAUCUCGUUUCGGUCGUUCGCUGUCUAUAAAAGAAAUUGAAUUCGCCUUUGAGGGCCACAAACCACAAGUAUUCUUCAUUGCGCAAGGUGACUCUUCAACCGGCAUUUUGCAGCAAAAUUUGAAGGAAAUCGGCGAACUUUGCGAGAAAUAUAAUUGCCUCUUCGUGGUCGAUACGGUGGCGUCAUUGGGUGGCACUGAGUUUCUAAUGGAUGCCUGGAAGGUUGAUAUGGCUUAUACCGGCUCGCAGAAAGUGCUCGGCGCACCGCCUGGCAUUACACCUGUCUCGUUCAGUGAUCGCGCCAUUGCACGCAUUAAGGCACGCAAAACAUAUGUCAAAUCUUAUUACUUCGAUGCGUUACUUGUCGGUCAAUAUUGGAAUUGUUUCGAAGCGCCCCGCAUCUAUCAUCACACCAUCUCCUCGACGUUGCUAUACGGUUUGCGUGAGGCGUUGGCGCAAUUCUGUACAAUGGGCCGGAAGAAUGUUAUACGUCGCCAUCAAGAAUGCUCUCAUCGGCUGCAGUGUGGUGUGGAAGAAAUAGGUCUGGAAAUGCUCGUGCCGAAAGCAAAUGAUCGCUUGCCAACUGUGAACACAAUCAAGGUACCGGUGGGUGUGGAUUGGCGUAAGGUGUCCGAUUAUGCGAUGAGAAAAUACAAGUUGGAGAUAAGUGGUGGUUUGGGACCUACUGCCGAGCAAGUUUUCCGUAUUGGACUGAUGGGUGAGAAUGCCACAUACGAACGCGUCGAUUUGGUGCUCAAUAUUUUGCAUGAAGCUAUACAAAGCUCAAAAAUACCGGAAAAAUCCAAAAUUUGAUAGAUCUUAUGUAUCGCAGUCAUCUUUGUAUGUAUUUCCCUACGAAUUGUUAACGGUAUACAGAUAUACUCGUACAUAUUUGUACAGCUAAUUUUACUUUUAAUCUUAUACAUUAGUACUCUUUAAGUUUAAAAUGGUAAAUAAAAACAUGAAAUAGUA